UUUACACACGUUCAAGCCUUUUUCCUGACUCGUGCCACCGGGAGGACUGCAGUUCGCUUCGAAGCUUGUACGAGUUCACAUCUUCAUCUCAAAGUAGAUCGGGAAUGGUGGAGCUAUUUUUAGUAAACCAUUUUUUAAACUUACGUGAUUGAAUCGAUUAACGACGCUUCCUGAUUCAGCAAUCCAUAAGAUGGAGAUGGUAGAAAAUAAUACAGUGAAUGUGGAACUGAAUGGUUUGCCCAAAUCGGAUAAAUCACCUCAGAAAAGAGGCGCGGAUAUCAACUAUGGGAUCGACGAUGCGCCACCAUGGUACCUCAGCAUCUUUAUGGCUCUACAGCACUACCUUACAAUGAUCGGUGCAAUAGUUUCAAUACCGUUCAUACUCACACCGGCACUAUGCAUGGAAGACGAAGAUCCCUCGAGAGGAAUCAUCAUUUCAACAAUGAUUUUCGUAACGGGACUAGUUACGUAUAUUCAAGCAACAUGGGGAUGUCGCCUUCCAAUCGUUCAAGGUGGUACCAUAUCCUUCUUAGUGCCAACGUUAGCUAUUCUAAAUCUGCCCCAGUGGCAGUGUCCCAGCAAAGAUGUAAUAGCAACCAUGAACCCAGAUGAGAAAAGUGAACUAUGGCAAAUAAGAAUGCGAGAGCUUUCUGGAGCUAUCGCGGUGUCAGCACUGUUCCAAGUUUUUAUAGGAUAUACCGGACUGGUUGGAAAGCUUUUGAAAAUUAUAACGCCAUUAACUAUAGUUCCAACUGUAUCACUAGUUGGUUUGACUCUAUUUUCACAUGCUAGUGAAACUGCAUCAAAACAUUGGGGAAUAGCGGUUGCCACCAUAUUUCUCAUGACAUUAUUCUCUCAAGGUAUGACCGAAGUGCAAGUUCCUACGCUCAAAUAUCGAAAAGGACAUGGAAUUCAGGUUGGAUGGUUCCCUCUCUUCAAACUUUUCCCAGUAUUACUCACAAUUGUCAUCAUGUGGGCAUUGUGUGCGGUAUUAACAGCAACCAACAUAUUUCCGGAAGGUCACCCAGCACGCACGGAUGUUCGCAUACGAGUGCUACUAGAUGCAUCGUGGUUCCGGAUUCCGUACCCCGGUCAGUUUGGUAUGCCAACUGUAACAUUGGCUGGUGUGCUGGGAAUGCUAGCUGGAGUCUUAGCUUGCACUGUGGAGUCUAUCAGCUACUACCCAACAGUUUCACAGAUGUGUGGUGCACCGCCACCUCCACUACAUGCCAUAAAUCGUGGUAUCGGUACCGAAGGUCUUGGUACAGUUCUGGCUGGUCUGUGGGGAUCUGGAAACGGUACUAACACAUUUGGAGAAAAUGUUGGCGCUAUUGGUGUUACGAAAGUUGGCAGCCGUCGUGUGAUCCAGUGGGCUGCACUAAUCAUGAUUUUGCAAGGGGUGCUAAACAAAUUUGGUGCGGCGUUCAUAAUGAUCCCUGAUCCUGUAGUUGGCGGAAUAUUCUGUGUUAUGUUCGGUAUGAUUGCCGCCUUCGGACUAUCUGCCUUGCAGUACGUUGACCUACGCUCCGCGCGAAAUCUCUACAUACUAGGGUUAUCAAUCUUUUUCCCUCUCGUGCUAUGCUUGUGGCUGAAAGAUCAUCCAGAUUUCAUUCAAACCGGUAACGAAACACUAGACUCAACACUUUCAGUAUUACUUGGCACUAGCAUUCUUGUCGGUGGAUGUCUGGGAUGUGUCUUAGACAACCUUAUACCCGGAACUCCGGAAGAACGCGGAUUGAUAGCAUGGAGUAACGAAAUGGCACUUAAAGUUGAAGAUACAACCAACGAUGAAAUGACCUCAACCUUUGAUUUCCCAUACGGAAUGCAAUUGUUGAGAAGCUGGAAAUGGACGCGGUACGUGCCAUUCUUGCCAACCUACAAAAUGAAGUUGUAGGAUACUAUGUCGAAGAAGAUAAAAGAAUCUUUAUAUGAAAUUCAUCUGACAUUUCAAUGACACUGAGAAAAAUAACUCUACAAUCGUGUCUAUUUCACAUUCUUGAGUCGAUUGUACUUAAUGUUAAUACUUUAAUCACGCAUUGGUUACUACAAUAAAACUUUUAAAAUGCGUAUUGUAUAUGCAUUCAAGCUAAAAUAAACCGAAU